AUUUCGAAAUUGAAAUGAAUGAAGACAAAGAGGAUUUGCCAAAGUUUUGUGAAAGUUUGGAGGAGACGAAGGAUUACCUGUCAAAACGUUCCGACAGAACAAUCAACUCGUCCUUGAAACAUAAAGAUGAUCUUCAAUUUCAAGAGGAGUUCGUAGUUAAAGAAGAAGAAGAAGAGGAAGAGUUAUCGUUGGAAAGAGGAGAAUCUUCAAAUGUUCAUCCAUCAGAUGCACAUGGAUAUUUGGGUAUGUGUGACUUUGAGGACAGCGACGAUACUAUGAUGCCUGUUCCGAAAAGAGAGAUGACUCGACAAAAGUUUCGACGUUUUCGACAUAAGGAAUAUCAAUGUGAUGAGUGUGAUCGUAUGUUCACUCUAAAGCACAAUUUGCAAAAUCACUUUGUUCAGUACCAUAUGGGAUGCAAAACUUUGCACAAAGCUUGCGUUUCUAGCAAGUGCGACAUAUGUGGGAAGAUCUACUCAGCGGUGUCAGUACUAGCUGAACAUAUGUUGAAUGAGCAUAACAGAUACCUCGAUCAAAUUGAAUGUCCUGAUUGCCAUGAGUUUUUUCUAACUCAAACUGCUCUACAGAAACAUAUGAAAGAACAUAAAAGGGAGGAGAAACACUGCCCAUACAAAGAAUGCAGAGGAAUAAAGUUUAGGUUUAAUAGGGAGCUCAAUGAGCACGUGCGUCUUCAGCAUAAAUCCAAGGAGCUGUCUUGUUGUGUGUGCAAUAUGGUGUUCCGACAGCUGUCGGCGAAGAUUAAGCACGAGAAGACUCAUGAAAAAGGUUCACCAAUUUCAAACAUUUUGAAAAGUUCGAAAUGUUCAGCUGUCAAUCGACAAGUCGAGAAAAAUCAGGAUUGGUUCCGAACAAGAGGUUCAGAGAGGAAAGCAAAGUGCGAUGAAGACCUAGUCAAACGUGAACCAAUCUCCGAUUCGCCUCCUUCUUCAGCAAAACGCCGGAAGAUUUACGUGCCAGAGUUCGAAGCAAUACCGCUCACCAAAAAAGCCCCGAAACGAUUAACCAAGGCAGAGAUAAUGGCAAAAAUUAAGUGAUUAGCUGGACGAUUCAAUUUAAUGUUUGAUGUUCUAAUAAAAUAGUUGAUUGUUAAAAUA